UUUUUCUUUACAGUUUUACUUUUUUGAACCUUAUAUUGUAUAAAUUCACAAAAUUCAAAUGGACCAGACACUAGACGAGGUUAACAAGCACUGCGGCGACCACGUCAAAGCAUACGCCGAUUGCGUCGACAAGCACGGUGAGACAUGGAAGGUGGACUGUUCAACUCUACGCGAGGCACUCACUAAAUGCACAGACGAGAAUGUGACCAUGAUGAAAAUGGUGCGGAUGAGCUGCCAGCCGGUCAUUGAUCGGUACCAGAAGUGUCUGAAUAACAAUCAGAAGGAUCCGGCUGUGUGCAUAGACUCAUUGCGCGAUUUGUAUGAGUGCACGGAGGGUGUGGGGCAAAUGAUGGAGAAGAUGAACGCGCUGAAGAACAAGAAAGCGCCGGGCGAGUCGUCUGAUCCAUCUGUCGUUUAAAAAAAUCGAAAAGUCCAAAAAAUAAAUUAUACUAACUUUCCAACGUUAAAAAA